CGGCUCUUCAUGUAUCUUUCACUGUCCUCUUUAUUAGCUCUUCAAAACCCUCACCACAAAGCCUUUCCUCUUUUUUGUAAUUUAUUCCCUUCUCAAAAUUUGAAAGGGUGAGAAUAAAUGUGGCGGAUGGAGACCCACGAAUCUUCUUUCAGAGAAUCUAUCAAAGCCCUUGAAGCUGAUGAUUUUCAACAUGCUAGUAAUAGCCUCUGUUAUAUAUACUUCACUUCAGCAACUCGAAGGUGGCCUCUGGACACUCCAUGUGAAUUAACUGCUUCUGUGAUUGGACAUGUAUGUGGUGUCGCAGGAAUGUGUGAUGUAAAUCAUGUUCAUGCCCCUUUUGCCAAGGCAGCCAGAAGAGAGUUAGCUCCAGAGAUUUAUGGGUUCUCACUAGUAACAAUGAUGAGGUAGAUACAAUUACUGCUGCAAUGGAAAGCCUAUGGUGUUUCUACCUAUACAUUGAGAACUUGCCACUCAUGGUGUCUGAUGCCCAUUUGCUACUGUAUGACUACAUGAUCUAACUGGCAGUACAGGAAGUAAUAAUUCUGAACAUACUGAUCCCUGAUUGGGUAAAGCCUCUGUUUGGAAAGUUUGCUUAUCUCUUCUUCAAUGGAAGAUUUGAGAGCCGUUACCUAGUAGCUGUAUAUAAUAAAUUUACUAGUGGAACUAGGCAACAGAGUCGUUUAUCGAACUAAUAUGAUCAAGCAGGUGGGUUUGAAGAUUGGUGAAGUCCCUUAAUG